AUGGCCAGUGCCGAUAUUGACACAAUUGCGUUGACACGCCUUGCGGCAAAACGACUAAAGCAAAUCUCAGUGGAAGGGCUCUCCUCGGAAGUACACACCAAGGCCACUCACUGUCUCGUCGACACUCUCGGAGCCAUCGCGGUGGGACUGACAGGGCCUCUGGCAGCAAGCAUGCGCAUGUACGCAACUCGCGACAUUGACAGACCACAAUCAUACGCCUUUGCCAUUGGCAAGAAGACCAGUGCAGAGACCGCAGCGUUUACGAAUGCAGUCCUGGCGCACACGGCUUUACGCGAUGAUAUGCAUCUUGAGUCUGUCGCUCAUAUCGGCUCGAUCGUGAUUCCUUCUGCGCUUGCUGUAGCUCAACGGGACAGCUGGAAUGGCGACCAACUCCUCAAAGCAAUCGUGGGUGGCUAUGAAAUGGGAGCACUGCUCGGGACGUCGCUACAUGCGAGCGGAAAAAUGAAUUCGCAUUUUCGUGCCAGUGGCAUGAUUGGGGCUUUCGCUGCCGCAGGUAGUAUCGCUUGCGGCGAAUCCAGUGAUGAAGCCACCACCGCUAAUGCUUUGGGCUUGGCUGUCAACGCGGCCUGUGGCGUCAAUGAAUGGGCGUGUGGUGGCACCCCUGAGAUCUUCAUCCACGUGGGUACGGCCGCCCGCUCGGGCAUCACCAGCCAUGCACUUGCAAAAGUCGGCGUGGUCUCAAGCCCGGAAGUACUCGAGGGCAAGCACGGCCUGUUCAAUGCUCUAGGAGUCUUGCCAGAUGCCCCCUCCACAUUCACCAAAUGGCUCCAGUUGUCCAGCCUCGGUCGUGGCAUCCUCGACGUGAAAUGGAAACCGGCGGGCUGCUGCAACUACACGCAAACAACCACAUCACUCGCGCUCAAGAUCAGUCGUAUGCCAGGGUUCGCUGUCACAGAUGUGAGAUCGAUCGAUAUAACCACUACGACCGCUGCUAUCCGAUAUCCAGGCUGCGACAACGCGGGACCACUCCAUAGCACCUUGCAAGGGAUGAUGUCGAUCCAGUACGGAGUCAGCGUGGCAUUGCUCCUUGGUCGGCUCAGCGAAGCAUCGUGGGAUCCAUUAUGCAACCCGGACACCGCUUCAUUGAUGCGUAGAUGCAAUUUAUCGGCUUCGCCCGCUUUCGAUGAGGCGUAUCGACAAGGACUGCAGCCAGCACGCAUUGUCAUUACGUUGGAGGACGGCAACGUCAUUGAGCAAGAAGCUGCUGAUGUCCCCUGGAUGGAGUCGAGCGAAGUGUUAGCACGAAGUGUUCGAGAAAUCGGUGAACACGUUCCCGCUGAGCGAGCUCAGCAGUUGGUGGAACUUUGCUUGGAUGUUGACCAGUUGGAGAAUUGUGAGAAAUUAGAGGCGUGUCUUUUCUGA